AACCUGUCGAGUCAGUAUAUAGUGAAAGACGCCGCGCACACGCCGCCGCUCGAAGUAUGUUCCAAGAAAUUACGCGGGAAAACAUGACAUUUAUUCUUUUUAAAUCACCAAAGAGUAUAUAACAAAUGAGUUUUAAUAUACAUAGAAAAUUAAUUUUAGUGCCAAAGAAAUAUACCUUUAAUACAAUUAUGAAUCGACGAAAAUGUUUACGAAAUUAUUUCGAUUAAAAUGUUCAGUGAUUUUGUUUGUGAUGUUAUUUUUAUGUUUUUGUGAUUGUGCCUCGAGUAAUGGUCGAACUAAAUUUAAGAGGAAAGUCGACAAUUGGAAAGAUAUCCAUUCGAAUAAUUUGAAAAUAAAUGAUUCAGCGGUCGGGGAAAAACGAGGAUUUUUUGGACACGGAGUCUUCACACUCGGCAAGGUGCUAAACUUCUUCCCAGUGGGAGGGGAGCGGGAGUGCGCGAGUACGCACCCAGUAGCACGGUCAGGCAUUUGCCUGAACCCGUAUGACUGUCGACAGCGAGAGGGAACCGCGGCUGGUGAUUGCGCACAUGGACUGGGAGUGUGUUGUGUUUUUGAGGUGACCUGCGGGGGGACAAUCCAGAACAACCUCACGUACUUCAUGUCUCCAGGGUUUCCAGACCUCUGGAUGGGAGACCAGGACUGCAGCAUCCAGAUCGAGAAGACACAUGCUGGCAUCAUGCAGCUGAAGAUUGAUUUCUUUCACUUUUCUAUUGGUCAGCCAAACAGAAGAACUGGUGCAUGUGAUGAAGACGCGAUGAUAGUUGGCGAAGGAGCAAAUAACUUCACUGUUUGCGGACAGAAUCAUAAGCAGCAUGUAUACUACACAUUACCCAGUUCACAAGAAACGAGAGAAGCUGGUGAGCUACCAUACUCCAAAACGACUCCGCUAGUGUUCAGGAUGCGAGGUAGCGAGGUCCCGCGGCUCUGGCUGAUCCGGGUCGCCCAAAUGCCGCUAGCGCACUCUGCACCGCACAAUUGUUUGCAGUACUUCACUGAGACUAAUGGAACGAUAAAGACAUUCAACUUUGCAUCAAAUGGUCGUCACUUAGCCAGUCAGGACUACAGAGCUUGUAUCAGGAGGAACAUAGGAGCCUGCUCUAUUCGCUACUCGCCGUGCGACAGUCGAUCCUUUCGGAUAGGCCCUGGUGGAGUUGAUACUGGACAACCGAAUGAUCCUGCAGUGAAUGAUGAAGUAAUGCCAGUUGACGAUCUAGUUCAAGAAGAAGAGGGAUCGGGAGCAGAGCCUCAGAUUAUAAUGGAUUCACCUUCGUCUACGCCCGCACCUAGUCUUAUGAACAAGAUAUGGAGUCUGAUCUGGCCAUCUUGGAUGUGGGGGCAGAGUCGCACGUGGGGCUGGGGCCACUGGUCGCCGUACGCGCAGAACUAUGGGGACGAUGUGUCACCGUACUACGGGUAUGGCGACUAUGGUGCACGCCUGCGCGGGUACGGCCGGCUGAAGUGCACGGAUAGGGUCACUAUAUCGUGCGAGAAUGAAUACUUUGUUGGGAGUUCAAUGUUCACUCCUGGAGUGUGUGAUCCUCACCAUUGUGGCAGUUCCUUCUGCCCCGGAGUUCGUUUUCAGGACUGUCAUGUAGACUCCGGCAUCACUCCCUUUGCUGUAUCAGUACAUUUCGGACCACCAACCGUUAAGGAAAACCCUGAAGACAAUAUUGGGAUGUGCCUACGAUAUUCGCAAGUACCCUGCAAUUCAUGAAUAGGAAUUUAAUGAUGUAAAUAAAUAUAAUUCGAUCUCGAUAAAAUUCAAGAUUGAUUGCCAAUUUGUUAUAUAAAAUUUUGUACUAAAUUUUAUAUAAACUUGAUAUUAUGAACACGACAGCUUAGCUGAAUGAAAUUAUAAUAAAAUGAGUGAGGAAAUUGAAAAGAGAAGCUACAACCAAAUUUACAUAAGGCGUUGAAGAUAUGAGUUCGUAAAUAAUCUUCUAAUUGUAAUGUAGUUUCCUUUUACCAAAGUAUGAGAAGGAAUCAAAUUGUUUGUUAUUAUAAUUUAGUUCUGUAAGUAAAACUAAGAAAACCUGACAGUUAAUUUGCUUAGAGAAAUAUCCUUACGAGCUAUAGUCACUUUUAAAUAAAUAAGAAAUAUAUUGUAGGAAUUAGCGAUUCUCUUGUAUCUGUGUACGUAGAAUACAAUUUUGUUUCGUAAUUUCUCUAAAAAUCAAGGCACAUUUAUGUGUAAAUCUGUUUAUUUACAAAAUAUGUGGUCUUAGAUAUCUGCUUUACAUCUACAUUAGAAAACACUUGUAUAUAAUAAUAUUAUAAGAAAUUAUUUAUUGAAAAUAAUUAAGUUA